AUGAAGAUAUUGAAAAAAUUAAACGAGCAAAAGGAGAAAGACGAUGAAAUGAUUAAGAACCUAAAAACUGCUGGUGAUUAUGAAAGAUUACAAAAGAAGUUGACCACUCAAAAAAAAGAAAUAUUCCGGGAAAUCAAUAAUUCUCUGGAACUUGGUUUAGAAAGUAAAAAACUAACCCUGAAAAAAAUAAUUACUAGAAUUGAAGAAUUAAUUAGAAAUCCACUAGCCAACAACCAAAAAUUACAAAAAAAAUUAACCAAAGCCAAAAAAACUAUUGAAUUACUGAAAAAACAGUUAGCCGAAAAAGAUCCGGAUUACAACGCUAUUCAACAAGCCGAAUAUCAAAAAAUAUUGAAAUUAGUCAAGAACGAUACUUUCCAAAAUUGUAAAAAAUUAGGAAUUGCCCUUGCUCCUUCCACCCAAGCCAAAAUUAGCCAGGCCACUACUUUGGAUUUGGUAAUGAAAGAAAGGAAUAAGUUAAUUCAAAGCCAGUUCAGCAAAAAUCAGGCGGAACUAACUCAACAAAAAUCUCAAUUAACCCAUGCUCGCCAUCAAGAAAGGUGA